AUGCAAAUAGCAAAAUGGAGAAAGUUACACAAGCUGUCACAGAAGCUGCUAAGGAGCUUGGAAGUAGUCACUUCUUUUCUGAGAGGCAGAGAUGUCUUUGCUGUAUUGCCUACUGGAUUUGGAAAGAGCCUUUGCUCUUGUUUGCCUGCAGCAUUUGACAAAAUAUUGGAGAAGGAGAAAGGUCAUUCUAUUGUAGUAGUAGUCACUCCUCUGCUGGCCAUCAUUCAUGAUCAGGUAUCUACAAUGGAUGCGAUCUUCCACGGAAAGUACCAGCUAGUAUUCUUUACACCUGAAAUGAUCAUCAGCAAGAAGCAUUGGAGAAGACUUCUGGGGGGAGAUGUGUAUGCUAAUAGACUCAAGGCUUUGAUAAUCGAUGAAGCUCAUUUCAUUCGUUUAUUUAAGGGUGAUGGCAAUCUUCGCAUUGUUGUAGCUACUAUGGCAUUUGGCAUGGGUGUUGAUUGUCCCAACAUUCGGCAAAUCAUUCAUGUUGGCCUGCCAGACGAUAUCAGUAGCUAUGUACAAGAGACUGGUAGAGCAGGUCGAGAUGGUAAACCAUCACGUGCAUGUAACCCUUUUGAAGGCAAUAAUUUACCAUCAAGUUGAUAAUGAAUAUGCUUCAAACACUACAGAUUGUAGAAGGGAUAGUCUUUUCCGAAAUAUUGACAAUUACAAACAUUUUGAUCUCGGUUUCAAUUGCUUGUGCUGUGAUAUUUGUUCUAAGUCAUGUUUAUGUGGACAGUGGACCUAAGACUUAGGUUAUUUGUUACUUCUUUCAGCUAAUUACAAUUUUUAUUUUCAUUAUUACCUGUGCUUCAAGAAAGCUGCUAUAUCUACCGAAACAUUUCCUGCACAUUUUGGGCAAUCUGUUUUUAUCACUGCCAUUUACAAUACUGUUAAUGUCGACAUCAGCACACAUCUGUUCUUCCUCAUUCUCCAGUAGCAUUGUCCACAGGUCCAACACUUCCUUUCCAGCUGGAACAUCAAGAGCUCUCCUAUCACCAGGCCUUGAUAGCUCAUCCCCACAUCCAAAACAUUGUAGCACUUGGGCCAUUCUUGCUCAAUACUAAUUUAGUAGCACAGUCAUGUUGUUCAGUGCCAGCCAGUGUGGUGCAGUGCGGUGCAUAUUGCGUUUAACACCCACUUAAAAUGAUUAUAUUCAUGAUGCUCCAAGCAGUAUUACAUAACACACAAGUACAAAUCCUAUAUAAGCGUGUCCCUCGACCUCCCGUCAGGGACGGUCGGGCUCCGCCCAACUAGGUCGAUCCAUC